AUGACUGAAAUCAAUUUUUUGAAAAGGAAAUUUGAAAGUCUGCGGAUAGUUGAUGAUGAAGCCCCAAAAACUACUAAAAAACCCUUUAUUCAAGAUGCAGAUCUCUAUCUAUUGGGUAAAAAGAUUUAAUCCAUUCAUUUGGUUUAGCCUUUGUAAUCAAUGAUCAAGAAACCUGAUAUCUACUAAACUUGUUUUCUAAAGAAGGAAAACUACAAUCCUUUUUUAUAUAUAGAUCGACCUAUCACAAAGGAAGAGGAUGAGUUGUGA